CCAACACCUACAAGCUUUGUUGUAGUACUUGCAUACAGCCACAACAGGAAGACAUGAUCCAAGCCACCACUGCACUCGGAAUUGCUCCAAGCUUCUGCACAGAUUUGAGACAACCAUAAGACUAUCCACGCCAAUUGCACAGGAUACCUUUCUCAAAAGCCCAAAAGAUCGUAGAAUUCGCUCACCCUCGUCGCAGUAACACACGCUGAAGAUCUUUGCCACUUAUUGGGACCUACAAAACUUCAGUAGCGCCUUGUCUACCAAAUAGUCUCUACCUCCGAUACGCAGACAGCUGGGAGGUAGUUUCGUUGUCGCUCAUCCUUACCAUAGCCUUGGGAUCUCGAACCAGAACCACCUACUACGCACACCAUCACAGGCGGUACAACGUCUCAAGACACCACCACCAUGUCUGACUCGGCGAUUCUGAUGGACUGGCCUUCUGCUGUGGGGGGUCCGUCCUCUAAGUACAGUAUCGUCUACAGAUCUCCGAAGCAUUUGGUAUGUGUAGAACAAAUGUUGAAGGAGCAAAUGGAGCCUACGCUGACCACUCUCAAGGGUUUGGACCUACAGAAGGAGUUGGAGAUGCUGAAAGAGAGGAACAGAGAAGACAACAGACUCAAGGAGAAGUUCCCACUUAUCAAUGGAGAAGCGACCUGGCUCCUUCGCCACAUUGAGCUGCUUCAGGAAGCUUAUGCUAGAAAUGGCUGGGAGUACGAAAUUCAGAUUCCUGGGGAGUGCCAGCACCGCAUCCGCCCCAGCAUAAUUGGCUCCUAUUUGAUCUUCACCAGAGACAAGAAAGGUCACAAAAGCAAAGUUACCAAGGAGUAUAUCCCGGUUCCACUCUCCAACGGCGCCUCUUGGGGUACUUGGAAGCCUAUGGACAAUGACGCUCGCCUCCAAUCUGAUGGUCGCCUUCCCUACCUCCCUGCGCUGACUUCAGCGGAAGCAAAACUUGGCCACGGCCUUCUCGACCACGAGAUCGAUGCAUACCUAAGCGCUGGCGAGAACCCAGAAGAUUAUGAGGAGUAUACCAUCAAUGAGAUGGGUGUUCUCCCCGAAGACCGACCUCGGCGUCGCAUUGUGUCAAAGGACUUGGGCAGUUCAGCCUCCAGUGGAAAGAAAGAGAAUCGACCUCGCCGUCGUGUCAUAUCCAAGGGACCGAGUAGUUCAUCUUCUAGUGGAAAGGUGUUUACGUACAGCAGCCGUUCUUUCAAUACCCCUCAGGCCUCGGCUCCUAGCCAGAGUAUAAUGAGCUCCUUUGCCAACUACGCACACGACAGAUCGCUUCGCUCCACGCGCAAGGUCUCCAACAAAUCGAUCUCCUCAGACUCUACCAACAUCAGCUCCACUUCUAGCGCGAGUGUCAUGACUAAUUGUAUGCCUAUCCCUGGAUCCAUCCGCAUGCCAAUAUAUGGAAAACAAAGUGACUCUGAGGAGAUAGAGGGUGAAUCUGAUGGUGGCGAGGAGCGCGAUCUCGAUAGGGACCAUGACGAUGAAGAGGGUGACGAAGAGCACGAGCACAUGGGCGUUCAGGAGCCUCUUCACAGAUACCACGGCCACUACCAAGUCAUCCAAAAUUCCGAUGAUGAGGAUGAGGCUGCGGACGAAGACGAGGGGAAGGAAGAAGAUGAAUUUUCCGUAAAACCAAUCAGCAGAAGCAAGGGUCUUCGCGACGCUACUGACUCUUUGCAUUCAGACCGCAUGGACAAUGGCAGAGGUGUCUCAUUAAAAUCUGCCCCCAAGCUCAAUAAUCUCUCAAAUGAGACAGUUGACAUCAGCCCUUACGUCGAAAAUGAGUAUGAGGAGUACGAUGACGAAGAUGGCUUUGAUGAGGAUGAGGGCGAUGCCGAGAUCGAACAUGAAGAGGGAAACACGGCAGGCGGCGACGAACUGCUGGCUUAUGGUGGAGAAGAAGGCGGUGAGGAGGAAUAUGCCGAGGAUUUAGAUGGGGAAGAUGGAUAUGGCGAAGCCGUUGAGGACGAUGAGUGGUUCGACGAGUCAGGCUAUUGCAAGUUCUGCGAUUUGCACCAGCAUGAGUGUGAGUGUAUCCGUGGAGAUGAUAAUGACCCGAUGGAGCUUGGGGAGGACGACGAUGACGAUUACAAGAACUAAUUCUUACUGGUGCUUCAUUACACCUACUUGCUCCAGCACCUGGCUGUUGGGUUGUGUGCAGCAUAGGCUGAAAGGAUCCAGAGGCGGGUUUGACGAUAAUUGUCUGUAGCGGAACGGGUUGCGUAUUAUUUCUCCACGCGAAGACGGCAUCUCGUCGGAAAGGAGCCUGUUGCUAGGCUGGUAGGGUCUCAGGAGGCAAACUUUGCAGGUGGCCGUUCAGGCUCCCGG